GUCGGUGAGAUACCUUUGAUCAUCCCUUCAGUGAAAAUAUUCUUACUUUUACAUUUACUCAUCCCCUGGUGCUAAUGAUAGCUCGGACAGAAACCUGCACUUGGUGUAGGCUAUGAGAAGUCCAUCAUGACCUCCAUUGUACCCGCCCCACCUUACACGCAGGACGAGCUCAAGAAGCUCUAUCCCCAAGGACUCGAGCUUCGUCUUGUGCAGGUCCUGCUGCGGCAUGGUGAACGAGCUCCCGUCUCUGCUCGCUUCCAGAAUGCUGGCCUCCCCGCGUAUUGGCCGUACUGCAAUGCUGCACAACGCCUGCGAUCUGUGGUCAUGACCACAAACGACGUAUCGAAGUGGGAUAAUCUACAAUGGAGAAGAAGACUCGAAACAUUCGGUGAGGAUGAUGGGCCUAUCAUCGCUGCUGGUCCAGCCGGCGAAGUCGACGGAAUCUGCCAGCUGGGUGAACUCACAGAUAAAGGUCGCGACACUACUUACGAGUUGGGACGACGGCUGCGGCAUCUCUACGUGGACCAGCUGAAGUUCAUGCCCAAGCUCGUCGCCAACGCCGAUCUGAUCUACCUUCGCGCAACCCCUCUGCCUCGAGCUCUCGAGUCCGUACAACAAGCCUUCUGGGGCAUGUACCCCUUGACAGCACGUACAGCCGCCUUUCCCACCCCGACCAUCGUCACGAGAACCCCCGCCGACGAGACCCUCUUUCCCAAUGACGGUAACUGUCGACGCUUCGCCCAGUUGUCCCGCGCAUUCGCGCAACGUACAGCAGAAAGAUGGAAUGAUACCGAUGAGAUGAAAUAUCUGACGAAGUUGAUUGGAAAAUGGAUGCCCGAGACCUCGAAGAAUGUCGCGGUUGACUCACAUCCUCGCUUGUCCGGCAUCAUGGACACGAUCAAUUCAACCCUGGCGCAUGGUCCCGAGACGCGGCUGCCUAAAGAGUUUUACGACGAGAAGGGACGUGCUAUCAUUGACCGUAUUGGCGUGGAAGAGUGGUUUUCGGGAUACAAUGAGAAUCGAGAAUAUCGCAUGCUCGGGAUCGGAGGUUUGAUGGGCGACGUGGUAGAACGCAUGACUUCCAAGAUCGAAGGCGCCGGUCUCAGUAUCAAUGAGAUCGGUGGUGAGAACGGUCGUCUGGGUAAAGGUCGUGGAGGUGAGAUGGGAAUUCGUUUCGCCAUGUCUGGAUGCCACGACACCACACUCGCAGGAGUCAUGACCAGCCUGGGUGCAUUCCACGGUGAAAAGUGGCCGCCCUACACCAGUCACGUCGCGUUUGAACUGUUCAGGAAGAAGAGCGGCGACGAGAAGGCGGGACCUGCAGAUGCAGACUUCCUCACACCCACGACGCCUGCAUCGACGGAGCCGAAUGCACACAAGGAUGCAACAGCGAAGCCGGGCUUCUUCGCGUCAUUUUUGGGCCUGCGCUCCCCACAGCCCGAACCUCUUUCGACGCCAGGACUGUCGCCACAUUCGUCUAUAGAACCCUCUACGCCGCCGAAAGAUCUCAUCGCUAGGUCUGCAUGGUCAACUCUGUCAGAAUCCCAGAAAGAGCGAGUGGAUGGGUACUAUGUGCGUGUGCGAUUCAAUGACAAGCUCAUGAAGAUCCCGGCCUGUGCCAAACCUGGAAACAACUACGAGGGUGAUGAGACGAUGUGUACGUUCGAGGCAUUCAAGCGUGUAGUUGAUGGCUAUACGCCGAAGAACUGGAAGGUGCAGUGCGGGCAGAACCUCGAUGGGCCUGUUGCUGGUUUGGUUUCACCAGCGCAAUGGGCUGGACAGAUUGAAGAGGAGAAAAGCAACAAAGCAACAAACCCGCCCGUGCGUUUGUGAUCCAUGAACAGUGUCCGCUGGAAUGAGA